AUGUAUAAAAGCGUUCAUAGUGAACCCAAUCAAUAUCAUUCGUCUCCAGCUCUUUGAGAUAACCACACUAGCUAAAUAUCAACAUGAAGUUCCUGAUUGCCUUCGUCGCCCUGUUCGCCCUCUUCGCCCUGGCCGCUGCCGGGCCUCUCCAAGAACCACAGACUUUGAGCCAGUCCUCCGAAGUCGGACCUGAAAACUAUGCCUAUUCCUUUGAGACCAGCAAUGGAAUCAAUGCUCAGGAGCAGGGAAAGCUGCAGAACGCUGGAACCGACUACGAGGCUAUCUCCGCCCGCGGAUCCUUCAGCUACAUUGGUGAUGAUGGCCAGACCUACACCGUCACCUACAUCGCCGACGAGAACGGAUUCCAGCCCCAGGGUGCUCAUCUGCCCGUUGCCCCCCAGGCCUAAGUCGUCCAAAAUAGUUAACUAGUUCCCUUUUGAUGUCGAUUAACAGGAAAAGAAACCCCUUGUGUAGCUUUUUUAUUAAGGAGAACAGAAUCUAAGUCAACGAGCCUAAAGUGUUAUUAAAGAAAAAAA